CAAAAACAAGAAGGCACUUGUUUUUACCAGAGCAGAUUUAGCGGUCGAACCUCUACCAGUGAGCUUGAAUAAAAAGGUCAAUUGUUCUCAGCACGGAGUGAGAUGUCGACCCUCUCGAGCUAUGCUGUUCGCAUGGCUCGCCUGAGCGCACGCAUUUUUGGUGAAGUGGCACGGCCCACGGAUAGCAAGUCGAUGAAGGUGGUCGAGCUGUUCAGAGAGCAGCCCAUGGCACUGAAGAAGGAGGUGUACGACUGGUAUCCACAGCACAAAACUUAUUACGCACUGACCAGAAAACUUAGAUUCUUGGGGCUGUUCAGAGAUGAACAUGAAGAUUUCAAAGAGGAGAUGAGAAGACUCAGAAAGCUUCGCGGGAAGGGGAAGCCAAAGAAGGGAGAGGGAAAGAGAGCUAUGAAGAAGAAAUAACAUGGAUAUUAUAUUGAAAUUGGGCCCCUGAGAUUCAAAUUUGGGGAUAUGGACCCUAGAAUUACAGUCAUGAGGCUGUGUUGAAAUACCAUUCUGCAUCAAUGGCCUACAAGUGGUUUGAUCAAAAGAUUCAAGCUUGGACAAAUAUGCAACAGAACAUUUCAUUGAAUUUAUUCAGUGGCAAAAAUGAUUGUUUGUGUUUGGCAUUUAUACAUUAGUAUACCAAAAAUGGUAUUAUAAAAGAAAACAGCCCUUUGUAAGCCACCAGGUUAUAUGUAAUGUAAAAGCUAACCGCUGAAAUAAAAUAUAUUCUACAGCA